AUGAAAGGGUUGUCAGCCCGAAUUGAAGAGUCCAAAACGCUUCAAAUUACCCCCUCUGGCCCGAUUUCAGCAUCACAGACGAUAUUGAACGAUGGCCACCUUUCUGCGAUAGAGUUGACUGGCAUUCGCUAUGACACGCCUUUGACCGAGAAUUCAUCAGAACCUAUCCAAGGGCUUUCCAAACCUCAGGCGACAUGUCUGAGUGAUGGAGGUGUCUCAGUAUCAAUCAAGUCUGGCGAAAUCUGGGAAUUCCCUGGGUCUAGCCCUGGGUUCAAGAUCUGGGUGGCUCCGGAAAGCAAGUUUCCCGUGCCUCGUCGUGUGCGGUUAAGGUGGCCUGAGAUCAAACGUCGCUUGCUAGUCGACCUCAAAGACGUUCAAGACGAAAUGAUCGCAGAGCAAGCAAACGAAAAGAGUCGCCUGAAGCGGUCACCACAUAGACGGACGAUAUUUCCAGAAUUGAGAAUGUCCGGUCGUCAAGCGACAUUCUUUUCAGAAUUUGUCACCAUCUCACCCUGCAUUUGGGUACUCUGCGGCAGUCAAUCCUGUCGAAAGAAAGUCCGCCGUAUCACCAAGCUCUUGUGCUUACCUACCAACCUUUUCAUGCAACCGAUCGAAGUACACGAUGGCGCUCCCAAGCCUCACGCCAACCGAAGCAUUAUUCCUCUUUCUCGAUUACGAGUUGAUGGAGGAAAAGCCUCGGGUCUAGAGUAUCUGGGGGGAACAGUUCUGUAUCAUGUGGAAGCAGCUCCAUCCACUCUUGAGCAUCGGUCAGCAUGCGGUCUGCUUUGCUGCACCACUUUCGUUAAAGAUGGAAAAAUCAUCACGCAGCACGUCUCACGGAUCGGCGGCUUACUGAAAAAUCACUCCAGAGACGGCAGCCACAAUGGUUGUCCUAUAGCGCUAACGACUUCGCAUGGGAUUUUCGAAGAUCUCUGGAUCGAUGGACUUGAACCUGAAGCUUUUCAAGGUGGUGGAAACUUGACCCUCGAUGACGAAUGCAUUGGCAACGAGGGAACAAUUGACAACGACACCGAUACCGACACCGACACCGACACCGACACCGACACCGACACCGAUUCCGGCACUGAUUCCGAUUUCGCUAGUGCUAGUCAACGAGUUUUAGGGGACAAAUCCCCUGCGGGAGUGACUGAGUGGCGACACGUACCUUUACAGGACGUCAUUGGGAUCAAAUUCGCGGGACAACUCUUAUCGGAACGGGACCCAGCCAGAUCUAGUAGACCUCGCCGGUGUGAACCCGGAGACUACGCUCUGCUUAGGUCACGUAUUCUGGCGGACUUCAAAAACACCUCUUCCCUACUUCCCGAAGGUGAAGUUACAUCCCAUCUACUCAAUAGCGAGCUUACAGAUGGAGUCUUAACGGCUGUGUUUGGCGUCGACGAUCUAUCGGAAACGUGUCUGCUUCCUGGGAGCAUGAUGAUGCCACUUGGGCGAGAAGAGAUACCAGUACGAAAGGUUGAACUUGUGGCACCACUGGCAGCAGGCACGUCGGGUACAUGGCUGGUCAGGGGCUCCGCCCUGGCUGGUAUCAUUGUUGCAGCUUAUCCGGGCCAGCCGUUGGCACUGUUCAUGACGGCGCAAGACCUCCACUUAACCAUAGUCAACUCCUUCCCUGAGUUACGUGGAAAUUUUCUUCCAAACAGAUUCGGCAUGAGGUCCAGAAUGCUCAUCGAUCAUUCUUUUCGCCGAGGCCGAGGCGAAAAUGCCUCAGUCCUGGAGAGUCUUGGUCGCAAAGACGGAAGUGAUGAGACUAUGCCCACGAGUAACCAGUCGCCAGACAGUGCAAUCUUUUCGAGAGACAAAAAGAUCGCUAAGAGUCGAAAGAGAAGUGAGUAA